UCCGCUCGGGGCGGCGGCGGUGGCGGAAGUGGGAGCGGAGCCGGAGUCUUGGCCAUAAAGCCCAAGGCGGCGGCAGCGGCGGCGUUGAAGGCUUGGGGAGUGCCGAGGAGUCCGCUGGAACCGGAGCUUGGACUUCUCUUCAGCCCCUGUCUUCCCUUGCACUUCCUCCUCGGCGGGAGCCCUAGCGACGCGCCCGGCCCGGAGCCCCAAGCGGAGCGGCCGCGUGGCAGUACCAUACAGCGUUGCCUAGGUUUCCCUAUUUGGGACCUCUGGGUCGUGUGUCCACUGAGUGGUGGGAGUUAACUUUUUGACAUCUAACCUGAACAGGCCCUAAGAAGAUUGCUCCAUUUGGAAAGUUGAAAGAAUCCACCUCCAGCAGACGUUACUGUUCAGCUUGGUGGCCAGCGCAGUUGUUUGAAGGAUGACCUCUAGGAAGAAAGUGUUGCUGAAGGUUAUCAUCCUGGGAGAUUCUGGAGUUGGUAAGACAUCACUCAUGAACCAGUAUGUGAACAAGAAGUUCAGUAAUCAGUACAAAGCUACAAUAGGAGCAGACUUUCUGACAAAGGAGGUGAUGGUGGAUGACAGACUAGUUACAAUGCAGAUCUGGGACACAGCAGGCCAGGAGCGGUUCCAGUCCCUUGGUGUGGCCUUCUACAGAGGCGCAGACUGCUGCGUUCUGGUGUUUGACGUUACUGCCCCCAACACAUUCAAAACUCUCGAUAGCUGGAGAGAUGAGUUUCUCAUCCAAGCCAGUCCCCGGGAUCCUGAAAACUUCCCCUUCGUUGUGUUGGGAAACAAGAUUGACCUCGAAAACAGACAAGUGGCCACAAAGCGGGCACAGGCCUGGUGCUACAGCAAAAACAACAUUCCCUACUUCGAGACCAGUGCCAAGGAGGCCAUCAAUGUGGAGCAGGCGUUCCAGACAAUUGCACGGAAUGCACUUAAACAGGAAACAGAGGUGGAGCUGUACAAUGAAUUCCCCGAGCCCAUCAAACUGGACAAGAACGACCGGGCCAAGGCCUCGGCGGAGAGCUGCAGUUGCUGAAGGGGCAGUGAGAGCAGAGCGCAGAGUCCUUCACAAACAAAGAACACACUUAGGCCUUCCAACACAAGCCCCCUCUCCUCUUCCAAACAAAACAUAAAGUCAUCUCUCGAAUCCAGCUGCCAAAAGAAACCCCAUCAAACACACCCUUACACACACACACACACA